UCAACCAAUCAAUUCAAUCCAAUCCAUCAGUUUUUCACAGUACUUUUUUUCCAGAAUGUAUUAGAACAUCUAGAAAUGGCCUUAAAAAAUAACGCACACACACACACACCUACACACACACACACACACACACACACACACAUCACAGAAACACCUGACUCCCUGAGUUUUCUGAGAGAGUCUCUGCUCCAAUCAGAUGCUGAGUUUGGUCCGUCUGUCUGCUGCACCUGUACACUCUCCACACGAGUGGCUGUCUGGUCAGCGUGUGUGAGUGUAUGUAGCCCCUCAUGUGCAUCUUUAGUCUCACACCCUCUCGGUCUGUGUCUGAUGGCCUCCGGUUCAGAGAGCUGUACGUCCGACUCUCAGCUCCGCUCUGACGCCGCUCGCACCGACAGCAGCAUGUGGGAGGAGAACUUCGACACUGAGAAUCAUGGAGUGGGCAGAAAGCGGGAUUACUCCCCCGUGUCCUGGAGCGAAUACUUUGAGAUGAUGGACGACGUGGUGGUGGGAUCGGCAGAAAGCAAGGACGUGUUCCGUGUGUAUAAGAGCGGGCAGGACGGGCCGCUGCUGGUGCUGCUGCACGGAGGAGGACAUUCAGCGCUGUCCUGGGCCGUUUUUACUGCGGCCAUGACGAGUCGGGUCACCUGUAGGGUCCUGGCGAUGGAUCUACGAGGACAUGGGGCUACUCAAGUCCGCCAUGCUGAUGACCUCUCCACCCAGACCAUGUCCAGAGAUGUAGCCAAUGUGGUGCGAGCCACGUACGGCGAGGUCCCGCCCCCUAUCAUCCUGGUUGGUCACAGUAUGGGCGGAGCCAUCGCAGUGCAUGCAGCCAGUGGGAGCUUACUGCCGACUGUGGUGGGCCUGGUGGUUAUUGAUGUAGUGGAGGGGAGCGCCAUGGACGUGCUUCACAGCAUGCAGAACUUCCUGAAAGGACGACCCAGAUCCUUCAAGUCUAUUGACCACGCCAUCGAAUGGAGUGUUAAAAGUGGACAGAUCAGGAAUCUGGAGUCAGCCAAGGUGUCCAUGGUGGGCCAAGUGAGGAGGUGUGAGGUAGAGGAUGGGGACUGUGCCGAGCAGGUCAGUCCUGUAACAGAAAGUGUGGCUGAAGGACAUGAAGAGUUCUACGACCUCAACUACGUCACUGAUAAAGCUGAGAGCACCGCGUCAGAGCCGUCCAGUGUGUACAGCUGGAGGAUCGACCUGUCUAAAGCGGAGAAGUACUGGGACGGCUGGUUCAGAGGGAUCUCCAACCUGUUCCUGGGCUGCAAUGUCCCCAAACUGCUGCUGCUGGCAGGUAUUGACCGGCUGGACAGAGAUCUGACCAUCGGCCAAAUGCAAGGCAAAUUCAUGAUGCAGGUGCUGCCCCCUUGUGGCCAUGCUGUGCAUGAAGACACACCAGAUAAGGUGGCUGAUGCUCUUGCUAGUUUCAUGACCAGGCACAAGUUUGCUGAGGCUCGCAGUGAAACUAAGAGCUCCUCGUACCCCUUCAUGCGGUGAGCUCCAGGCCUCCAGCAGGCCUCAGCUCCACAGCGCCCUCUAGAGGCAGAACCCCUCACAUACAGCCAGCAGCCUAACGGAGGAUCUGUCACAUCUUUCUGUUUCUCUAUGUGCCAGUCUAUAGAUAUUAGUUCUCAUUCAUUUACUUAUUCCUUUUUAUGGUGUGUCACCUAGAGCUACAGACGAUUUGAUUGUCAACAUCUGCGUCACUCAAACGUCUUCUAAUGGCAUUUAAACUGAGAAUGAAAAACUUUAUCCAAAAGUCACAAUAAACUUUAUUCAUACUCAAACCCGUGUGCAG